UAGCCCCGCCCCCUCGCCGCCCCGCUUCUCCCGGCGCACCGGGCAAUCCUCGUUGUUGGUGCCCCGCGGUCGGCGCCGGGAGCAGAAAGCAUGCGCGGCGACUGGGAACUGGGCGCCGCGGCUGGAGGCCCGCUGCUGCUGUGCGCCGCGCUGCUGGCCGUGGGCUGCGCACUGGGUCUGCGCCUGGGCCGCGGGCUGGGGGCUGCGGACCGCGGGGCGCUAGCCUGGCUCUGCUUCGACGCCCUGGUGCACUUCGCGCUGGAAGGCCCUUUUGUCUACUUGUCUUUGGUAGGAAACAUCACAGAUUCUGAUGCCUUGAUUGCUUCAUUGUGGAAAGAAUAUGGCAAAGCUGACGCAAGAUGGCUUUAUUUGGAUCCAACCAUUGUGUCUUUGGAAAUUCUGACUGUCGUCCUGGGAGGGUUUCUGGCAUUGGUUCUCAUUUAUGCCAUCGUCAAAGGGAAACGUUAUCGGUUCUGAACAUAUGACAUCGCCACUGCCUCCGUGUGAGAGACAAUCUCAGAAUCAGCAAUUAAACGUGCCAGGCACCCAGGCCUGGAGCAGAGCAACCGGCCGAAACCUGGGGCUUCUGAGCAGGCACAUCACAGAGAAUAAAAGGAAACAUUCUGCUUGUGCUUCAGAGAAAAGGGAUUUUCGUCAGCACCUGGAUGGAACAUUGUCAGCACCAGGAGAGACCAGAGGAAACUGGGAAAACAGGUGACAGAGCCUCCUGCGGUGCGGGAGCUGGAAACAACUACGACUGUGCUUUCCUGGGAAAAGAAACCCACAUCAUCGACUUCUUAGAUAUUUUCCCGGAGACAGUCUGUGCACAUGUAAGCAGACUGUCCAGCCCUCCAGUUCCCAGGCUCAAAGCACCCAUGCUUUGAGUUCCUCAGCCUUCAGAGAGGAGGUGGUAGCUGGAUGUACUGUCCCCAGACGCUGUUGUAGGGAAAAGCUUUCAGGUGCCGCAGAGAUUGGGGAAUAGAGGAAGCAUUCCCACUGUUGAGGAUUUUGAUGUAAUGAUGAUAAUGGUAAUGGUACUGGGGUGUUUUAUCCAUACUUGAAGACUCCUUGGAGAUCCCUAUUGUAAGAUUGGGAAUUCUGCCUUCUAAUCUGGCUCAUUGAUUCACUUCUGAGUGGACUGAGACAAAUCCUACUAAUUGUUGAAUUUGUUUCCUUGUUUGUGAAGCACUGAAGUAAGUAAUCCUCUUGUGGAAGUGCCUGGGCGACCUUUUAAAAGUUGGUCACCCCUGUAGCGGGAUCGGAAAUAUUGCAGUUAUUUUUGG